GGACUAUCAAGUCGGUUCUUCACCAACCUCACCGGAUUCUCCCCACCUAUUAGCUACGUAAAAGGUCAUAUCAUCCGUAGGUAUGAUUCAGGUACCCGGUGCAACGGACCCUCCCAGCGGUUCCAGCUUCGAAAAGGAUGCCGCGCUGGCCGUUGUUGCCGAUGAAGCACAGUAUAUUGACCCUGCUGUGGAGAGGCGUGUGCUGCGCAAGAUAGAUCUGUUUUUUAUGCCUGCUAUGCUGAUUGGGUAUGGGUUUGUAUACUGGGAUAAGGCAAUCUUGGGAAGCGCGGCACUGUUCGGGAUGACAGCCGAUUUAGAGCUGCUUGUGAUAGACGAUAGUACUACGCCCCCGUCAAGGGACACGACACGCCUGAGCUGGGCCACUUCGAUUUUCUACUUUGGUAUGAUGGCCGGCCUGUAUCCGAUGACGUUUCUCCUGCAGCGAUUCAAGAUCCAGCGUGUGCUGGGCCCUAUUGUGAUCCUGUGGGCUGUAACCUGCGCUGCCACUGCAGGUGUCAAGACUUGGAAGGGACUAUAUGUCCAGCGGUUUUUUCUCGGGUUUGUGGAGAGUGUCAUCCCGACAGGCUUCAUGACGGUAGUAAGCGGCUACUAUACGCAAGAAGAACAGGCCCUACGCCAGGCCUGGUGGUUCUCCGGCACCGGAUGGUUUACGAUUAUCGGCGGAGCAAUCAACUAUGGCUUCGGGCAGAUUUCCUCCGGCGCUUUAACACGGUGGCAGUAUAUCUACAUCGUCGCCGGAGCCUUGACCUUUCUUUUUGGUCUGUGGUGCUGCGCAAUGCCCAACUCGCCAGUUUCCGCCUGGUUCCUUACAGCAGAGGAGCGCGUGGUUGCCGUCGAACGACUCCGAAAGGGCCAAACAGGCGUCCGAUGUCAAAUGAUCAAGUUUGAUCAGAUCAGGGAAUCCCUCCUCGAUAUCAAGUUGUAUCUCAUUGCCAUUAUGAUGGCCGCUGCAUAUACAAUCAACGGCGCCAUCUCCGGCUUCGGUCCUCUCAUCGUCUCGACCUUCGGCUACGACACCCUCCACUCCAUUCUCUUCCAGUUCCCCGUCGGGGCUAUCUGCAUCAUCUUCAUCCCCCUCUGUGGCUUCAUAUCCUCCCGCAUCCCCAACACCCGCAUCCCCAUGCUGAUCGCCUGCUGUCUCCCCGUUAUCGCCGGCUGCAUUCUCAUCUGGAAAUCAUCCUGGGGAUACCGACCCGCUGCCCCCGUGGUGGGCUACGCAAUUACGGGGUUCUUCGGUCCCGUCGUCAGUCUCAUCAUCACCCUGGGGGCUAGUAAUGUUGCCGGCGCCACAAAGAAAACCGUUAUGGCUGCUACCGUCUUUGUUGCGUAUACUGUGGGCAACAUUAUCGGGCCCCAAUUGGUCAAGUCCCCGACAGUUCAUCAGCAUUAUCCUGAGCUCUGGGAGGGGAUGGUCAUCUGCUACUGUAUUGUGAUUGCUGCGGCCACCGCAUUGUAUGUCGUCUUGUGGAGGGAGAAUCGUAAAAGGGCCGCGAUGGAUCUGGACGAAAGCCAAAGGGAUAAGAUGGCCUUCCAGGAUUUAACCGAUAAGCAGAACCCGUUUUUUCGGUAUGUUCUGUAGGUUG